AUGAGAAAGAAGUCCGUUUACGAAGCUGUUCUCGAUGAUCCGAAUCUCCCAGAUUCCCAGAAGGCUCUGAAACGACUAGAAGAAGAGGGAUCUCUUCUGGUCCUCGCAGGCGCCGAAUCACCCGCUGCAACUCUCAAUGUCAUCUUCUUCCACUUACUUUCGAACCCAAAUAUCUUCUCCAAGUUGCGAGCCGAGUUAAAGACUGUUCCAUCUCCUGCGGGCUGGACUGAUCUCGACAAGCUCCCUUACUUGUCUGCCGUGAUAGAAGAAGGAAACCGUCUCUCCUUCGGUGUUGCAGCCCGCACAUCACGCAUAGCACCUGGUCCAAUCACCUAUACACCAUCUCGUGGUACGCCAGUCAGCAUCUCGACUCUGAGCGCACAUACCGCCUCUAGUGUCUUUCCCGAUUCAUACAGAUUUGAUCCAGAUCGUUGGCUUGGAGAGGAGGGUCGUGAGAGGAGAAAAUUCCAAAUGGCAUUUGGUAAGGGUGGAAGAAAAUGUCUGGGCGUUGAGCUUGCUCGUGCAGAGCUUUGCCUUGUGGUUGCAAGCCUUGUGCAGAGAUUUGAUAUGACUCUGUGGAGGACGGAUGCAAAUGAUGUGGCAUUCCUACAUGAAUUUGUAGUUGCUAUGCCCAGUUUAAGCUCUAAGGGAGUUCAGGCACUGGUAAAGAGCGCAAAGGAGUAG